UCAUCCGGAAAAGCUAGAGAAAAAGGAACACUUUGAAAUAGGAAAAUUUUAGACAAUCAUGCAACAGAGUAAAAAAAAGUAAAAAAGUAAAAUGUCUGGAAGCGAUAUCGCGGGAAUUAAACUAACCAGUGGACCGACGAGUCUGAGGAGCAGGAUCCUUGUGAGAAACCUACCCCCUUGCACCCGUGAGGAGCUGUCUUUCCUCUGCUAUUCCCUCGGCACAAUCCUUGGCUCGCUGGUGAUCGAUAACCACGGGUUUAUCCAGUUUGCUACGGAGAGCGAGGCCACCCGCGCCAUUGAGGAGCUCGACCAUUCUACCUUCAAAUCGAAUGUUAUCCUUGUCUCGAACGCCAGCUUCCGUUCCGUUAAAGCCAGUUGCUGUGUCUAUGCUCCCCAGAAAAAGAACAGGAUGGUCGAGUGGUCUGAUGCCGAUGACGUUGUCGUCGUGGAGCGGAACGAAGAUGAGGACGAUGAAGACGAGGAUGACUACGAAAGCGAUAACGAAAAAGGGCAGAUUGCCAAGCUGGUGCCACUAAUAGAAUCCGGUUGCUCGCGUCGCGCCCGCUUUUUGCUUUGCUCGUCUCUGUUUCCGCUGUGCACGCCGGAUGUGCCACGCCCCGUUGCCGCCUGCAAAUUGCUGUGCGAGACCGUUAGGGGCGAGUGUAUGGAAAACGCUCCGCCGGAACUGAUGGAGCUGUGGCCUUCGUUCCUUAACUGCGACGGACUGCCGCAACCGGAGAAGCACGAGUUGUGCAUGCAGAUUCCACAGGAGGUGGUUGUGCCAGGCGGGAGUCCAAGUGGUCCGCCCACCACUGGUUCACCCGGCGUCGAAGAUCACCCGCAGACGUACCGCUUUUGGAAGAGCGGAGCACCGCCCGCCUCUGACUUGGGUGGCGUCCUGUGCCCGCAGAACUUUAGCGGCAGCCCCUUUAAUCCGGAGGAGUGCGUGCCCCAGUGUCAGCGGGACGCCUUCCACACGAGCUCUCAGAAGAAGACGUCUGAAACCCUCAUCCUGGGCCUCUCGGCCGUCUGCUUCGUCCUGACACUGUUCGCCUUGGUGACCUUCUGGGCGGAGCCCACCAGGUUUGGCUACCCCGAGAGACCAGUACUCUUCCUGUGCCUGUGCUACAACCUCUUUAGCGUGUGCUAUCUGGAGCGAAUCGUGUUCCACAACCAAGCAAGGAUGCAUGACGUCGAGCUGCAAGGGCGGCUGAUGCGACCGGGCUGCUUGCUGACUCCCCCAUGCCUGGCCUCCUACAUAACCACCUCCUAUUUAAGCCUGUGUGCGGCCAGCUGGUGGCUGAUAUUCGCCCUGUGCUUCUACCUGUCCUCGCACAAAAAAUGGUCCAGCGAGGCGCUGGAGAAGAGGUCCGGGCUGUUCCACGUCCUGGCCUGGGUGCCACCGCUGGCGCCCCCCAUUGCCGCCCUGCUGCUGGAGAAGGUGCGUCCGAGUGAGCUGACGGGAAUGUGCUACGCACCGGGAUUCGUGGAGCUGCCAGCACUGAUCCUCCUCCUGCUUGGGCUGUACUUCACCCUGAGAGCCUCCAGGUCUCUGCUCUUCCUGCAGCUGCAGUUGCAGCCCACCCUGGCCCACCACCGAUUCGGGCAGAUCCGGAAGCGCUUCGUGCUCUUCUCCCUGCUGUACUUCGUGCCCACGACCGCCGGCGUCGUGGCGGCUCUUUGCGAGCGGUACGCGGAUUCAGUGCCCAGCUGCUCCACUCCCGAUGACUGCCUCUCACCCACUCCGCUCAGUGCCUGGCCAGCGUUGGUUCGGAUCUUCUUCCAGCUAGUGGGGGGAACGUUGACAGGGUUGUGGGUGUGGUCGCGCAAGACCUGCGAGAGCUACAGAAAUCGGCUGGGGGCCAGCGGCACACCCACCUCAUCCCUGAUGAAUCAAAGCAAGGCGGCCGGGCCUCUGCCCAAAAAGCAUUUGUAUACGAGUGGGAAAUCCAUGCUGCCCACGGGGGGAAUCACUCCAUUAUAUGCUGCUAUUAGUUUUCACAAUGUGCCCGUCUACAACCCCAACCAAUCGAGAGUUUAGGCGAUAAAGGAUCCCGCAUGAGGGGCUCUAGAAAAAUCUCGAACCCUACAAUUGUACAUAUAACAUAUACAUACAUCAUAGAAGGCUAUGAGCCCCGGUCAGAGAACAUGAACAUACGCUUAGUUUUUAAGCCCGAAAAUGAGAAACUGAAAUGUGUUAAUAGCUUUAUAGAUCGCGCUAGGACUAUUAAUAGUCCUCUAGCUAGUCCUAAGUCUGUAAAUAGUAAAACGUUUUAUUCAUAGUAGAAUAAAUUGUAAAUAAAUUAUAUGAAUCAAAAAUGAA